AUGCCUUGUUCGCGCACAAUAACUAAGAGCGUGUUUAGCACCUCUGCUACGGCUCGCAGCUUCUUGCCUUCAUUCAAUCGUGAACAGACAUGGGAAGCUAGGACAACAACUAAAGUGUUACAAUUGUCAGCCAUGGCUGGAGAAGCAGGAAUGUCUACAGUUCCGCAAAUGAUUGGCAGUGUUUUGUGUUGCAAAUGCUGCAGUAUUUCAAUUGCGCCAAACACUGCCAAUAUGUGUGUCACGUGUUUGCAGUCAGAAGUUGACAUCACAGAAGGUCUACAGAAGCAUGUGAUCAUAAUCCAAUGCCCCGAGUGUGACAGGUACUUGCAGCCGCAGAGAACUUGGGUCAAAGCCCAAUUGGAAUCAAAGGCGCUGUUGAUAUUCUGUUUGAGGAGACUGAAGAAUUUGAAUCAAGUAGGAUUGGUGUCUGCGGAGUUGAUUCGGACCGAACCCCAUUCCAGGAUGAUCAAAGUCAGAUUGAAACUUCAGAAAGAGGUUCUUAAUGGAGCCAUACUUAAACAAUCGCAUGUGGUUGAGUAUGUUCUGCAAGAACAUAUGUGCGAAUCCUGUUUGAGCAUGCAGACCAAUCCUGACCUGUGGGUUGCAGCCGUGCAACUACGCCAGAAUGUUUCUCACUGGCAUACUUUUUUUUAUUUGGAGCAGGUGAUUCUGAAGCAAGGUGCCGCUGCCACCGCCAUAAGGAUUAAGCAGAUGGAUCAAGGGAUCGACUUCUUUUUCUCAAACCCAAGUCAUGGUGUGAAGUUUGUGGACUUCAUUCAUAAGGUUGCUCCAGUAAGGAGUCGGAAUGACACACAGCUUGUUUCCCAUGAUCCUAAGAGUAUUAACUAUUGUUUCAGGAACACUUUCUUGGUUGAAAUCUGCCCAAUAUGUCGUGAGGAUUUGAUUUGUUUGCCUCCAAGAGUCGCAGCUAGUUUGGGAAAUCUAGGUCCUCUUGUGAUUUGCACUAAAGUGACCAACAACCUUGUUUUGCUGGACCCGGUCACCUUAAGGAUUUGUUCCUUGAAUGCUGACCAGUAUUGGACGGUUCCAUUCGAGCCUCUACUCACUAGGAGGCAGCUAGUGGAGUAUAUAGUGUUAGAUGUGGAGACUGAUUCUUCUAAAGCUAAAGUUGGUGACUGCAUGCAUGCUUUAACUGAUGCACUAGUGGCCCGGGUAUCUGAUUAUGGGAAAAAUGAUACAACUUUUCAAAUAAGAACGCAUCUAGGCCAUCUUUUGAAGGCUGGGGAUUAUGCUCUUGGUUAUGACUUAUAUGAGGCUAACAGUAAGAAUGGUGAAGUAGAGAAGCACAAGGGUCUGGUCCUCCCAUACGCGAUUUUGAUAAAGAAGAGCUAUGAAGAGAAAAAGUGCGGGAAGCCCCGUUUCUGGAAACUUAAUGCCCUUGACAUGGAAGUUGAUUAUAAGGAUAUAGCUCAGCAAGAAAAGAUGAUUUCCGAGUACGAACAGUUCUUGAAGGAUCUGGAGGAGAACAUUGAUAUGAGUUUCAAAAUAUCAACGCACCUUAUCAGAGAAUACCGGCCAUCUAUGGCUAAUGGAGAUGAUUUACCAUCUGUUUCAGCGGAAGAUGUGUUUGGUUAUAUAAGCAGCAAUGAGGACGAUGAUAGUGAUAGAGCUUGAGUUAAGGAUUACAAGCAUUUCUUCUUACUGAUAUUUUCCUUUAUUUGAACUUAUUCUCUAUUAGUGGUCAAUGGGUUUAAUUGUUGGCUUC